CUGACGCUCAGGAAUUAGGACGCGUUUUGACUCAUGCCGUCCGAACCAGUGGAAUAGGCAUUAAACCCACACACCACUGGACAGCUAUCUCUCAGUCGUGCAUUUUUUUUCUCUCCCACAGCUCAGUUAAAUCGGAUGUCGGAGCGGAUUUGAGCGGGCAUCACUUCCAAACCGUGCAUAUCACUCUUAAAGGGAGAAGAUGCCCUUCCAUCAUGUGACGGCAGGGCUGCUGUAUAAAGGCAACUAUCUGAGCCGCUCUCUGUCUGAACAGAGCGAUAGUGACCAGCUGGCUAGUAUCUCUGCAGAGGAACUGGAUGAAAUCCGUGAAGCCUUUAGGGUGCUGGAUCGCGAUGGCAAUGGCUUCAUCUCCAAGCAGGAGCUUGGCAUGGCCAUGCGCUCACUCGGGUACAUGCCCAGCGAAGUGGAGCUGGCCAUCAUCAUGCAGAGACUGGACAUGGAUGGGGAUGGACAGGUGGAUUUUGAUGAAUUCAUGACGAUACUGGGCCCAAAACUUCUAUCCUCUGAAACACGUGAAGGCUUCCUUGGAAACACAAUAGACAGCAUAUUUUGGCAGUUUGACAUGCAGCGAAUAACAUUAGAGGAACUCAAGCACAUCCUGUUCCAUGCCUUUCGGGAUCACCUUACAAUGAAGGACAUCGAGAACAUUAUCAUCAACGAGGAGGAGAGCCUGAAUGAGAAUUCAGGGAACUGCCAUACAGAGUUUGAAGGAGUCCAUCCAACAAAGAAGAACCGACAGACGUGUGUGCGCAAAAGCCUGAUCUGCGCCUUUGCCAUGGCCUUCAUCAUCAGCGUUAUGCUUAUUGCGGCCAAUCAGAUGCUGCGAAAUGGAAUGGAAUAGCGACGCCACUGUGAGCAGGGGUGUGUGGGGCGGAACCUGCAUGUGCAUGUCCGUCAGAGACGUCAU